ACCUGUACGGAACUUGCAACUUCCUGUUACACUAACAGGAACAGCACACUGUUGUAAUAAUGGCAGACAGUAAGCAAACAGGCAAUGAAUACCUGGAGGAAUUUAUGUGUUCAGUUUGUCUAGAACUCUUUAACGUCCCAGUAAUGUUGGAGUGUGGGCACAAUUUCUGCAGAGCCUGUAUCACCAAGGUUUGGGAUGUUAUGAAAACUCCAUCCUGUCCUGAAUGUAGGGAAGAGUCACCAGCCAAGAGAUAUGCAGUGAACAGGUUGUUGGCUAAUCAGGUGGAAAGAGCUAAAAGGCUGAAACUGCAACAAAAAAGGAAAGUAGAUGGAGGAAAUGUAGGUGUAAAAGAGAUAGUAAUUGAGCAGUAUUGUAGACAGCAUGGAAGAAAGCUGGAAUUAUUCUGUCAGCAGGAUAUGUUACUUAGCUGUGUUCUGUGUGUUCCUGAGCAUCGUACUCACUGCUUUCUACCUUUAUAUGAAGCUGCUGUGAUGUAUAAGGAUAAGAUAGGAACAGCCAUGUCUUCCUUACAAUCAGAGAUGAAUCAUCUUAUAGAAAACCAGCACAAACAAGAAAAGAAGAUUUCUGACAUACGUGACACAUCCCAAAAUCUGAAACAGCACAUUAAAUCAGAGUUUGUCAAACUGCAUCUGUUUCUGGAAGACAAGGAACAACAGCUGAUCCAGCACCUUAAGGAUGACACAGAAAGAAUUCGUGGAAAGAUGGAGGAAAACCUGAGGGAGAUGAAAACCCGAAGCAGUACACUUCAGGAAGAUUUAUCUGCUGUUCAGUUUGCAUUGCAGCAAGAGGAUUUUCUGUGUUUUCUAACAGAAAUUCAGCCUGUUAUGGGGAGGUUAACAAAAGUUCAAGAAGAAGAUAUCACGUAUAAUGCUGAAGUGGUAUCUGAUGAUCUGAAUAAAGGAAUGUACAGCUACUUUCUACAGUAUGAUGUUUGGAAAGAAAUGAAAUGCAUCCUUAGCCUUGCUCCAGCUCCUUUGUUAUUGAAUCCGGACACAGCUCAUCCUACUCUCAUUCUGUCUGAGGACCUAAGCAGUGUCAGAUAUGGUGGGGAUGUAAUGAAGCAACUUCCCAACAAUCCAGAGAGGUUUGAUAAAAAGCCUUAUGUACUAGGAUCAACAGGAUUCUCACAGGGGAGGCACUACUGGGAAGUGGAUGUCGGGACCAAGAAUACUUGGAUUCUGGGUGUGGCCAAAGAGUCUAUCAACAGGAAAGGAGAAACUUUAAAAAGGCCUGAGACAGGAUAUUGGAUGGUAUGGAGAAGUGAUGAAAAAUUCUUUGCUCUCGAUUCAGUAGAUAAAACACUAUGUCUGACUGAUAUCCCACAAAAGAUCAGGGUAUACCUUGACUAUGAUAGAGGAGAGUUGUCAUUUUAUAAUGGAGACAAUAUGUCCCAUAUUUACACUUUCACAGAUACCUUCACUGAGAAACUCUUUCCAAUUUUCAGUCCUUGGUAUAGAAUUGAUGAUAACAAUUCAGAAGCUCUGAAACUUUUUCACCUAUGUCUGUAACUAAAGUAGUCAUAACAUCAUAGCUAUCACAUAAGAUUGCAGCCAUUAAACUGAGAACUGUGGAUACUUUCUUCUAUUUUAAUAUGUACUUGAUACUAAUAUAUUUCAGUAUGUAUACAUUUUGUUCUGCAUUGUUAAAUUUAAAACUGACUAAGAAUGUAAAGCAGGCCUGGGUUUGAAUUAAUCUUGGUAGACAAACCUGACCAGCCGAGUAUACAUAUUUUUUUCUGAGGUUAUUGUUUCACAAGAAGCCUUUGAAUUCAUUCUGUAUUGCUAACAAGCUAGAAAUGCAUGUCAAGUUAUGUUUCUAAUUGACUUUGAAAGAGAAGUGCAUUUAACAAUAUAUUUAAAGUGUAAACAGAUGUUACUAAUCAUUAGUCAAAUAAUACAAUUAUUGAAUGAUGAAUUUGGGCAAUUAGCAGCACUAUUUAAUAAAGUACUUUAUUAGCAAACUGUGUGGAUACCAACUGUCUAACUGGAUGGAUCUAACAAUGUUAAAAGUCUGAUUAUUUUUGACUCCUUUCUUUCUUUAUAGAACUCCACUUGAUAUAAUUGUUAAAACAAUAAAUGCUGUGAAAUAA